AUGGUCUUUGAUCCGAGACAAAGACCAAAGUCUUCGGGUCGGAUGUCAAGCUGGGACGAGAUCACUUCGUGUUGUCCCGAUCAGGAGGCCAGUGAGCAGCUCAUUGCGUAUGACAAGACGUGGAAUUCUUGGGUACACUAUGCUCUCGAGUAUCCGACCUUUCAGGAUGAGCAUUCCGAAUUCAUGGGAGCUCUUAAGAACGGCGCUCUCCUAUCAGACUGCGACCCGGCCUGGCUAUCUCUCUACUUUGGUGUGAUUACGGCAGCUCUUCUAAUGAUGGAUGAUGAGGAGGCAUGUUUGAUUUUGCCUGGGAAAGACCAUCAACGUGUUCUUCAAGACUGGUACGAAUCUGCCUUGUUCUGCAUGUAUCGGGCAGACUUUAUGCGCGCUCCCCAGAUUCAUAUUGUGCAAGCCGUUGCAGUGCUUGGGAUGUGCUUUUACAACUUCGGCGACUCUGAACUAAGUAGACAUUUAUGGAGCUGCGCCAUUCGUACUGCGCAGACCCUUGGGCUUGAUGGAUCUCGAGGUGACGAUGUUCCAAUUGAAAUGAGUCAAGAGGCUCAGCACAGGCUGUGGUGGACGCUUGUUAUAUGCGAAUGGCUCGCGGUUCUGUACCAUGUUCCACAGGUAGAUGAAGGCGACUUCAAUGUUCCACUCCCUUCGCGCGAUCCUGAGCAUGACAUACCUGGCGGUAUCCAGCCUGUCCAGUACCACAUCUUCAUGGCACGAACAUCAAUCGUUUACCAUCGAUUCCGGUCAGCAUUGCGAGAAGGGUCGCGGCCGAUUGCAGAAGUUGUUCGACUAGCUGAUGAUGAGCUAGCAGAGGUCAUCAAUACUUUGCCAGAGCAUCUGCAGCCGGACGGUGGUAAGCACAAGAGAAUGCAGAACCUGGAGAUUGAACAUCCGUGGAUCAAAUGGCAGCGGUUUGACAUUAGUCUUGUGCUACUCCAUCAUCGCAUGCGCAUCAACAGGGCGCUUCAAAAGGAGUGGAUGGCAUCUCCCGGGCAAUACGAGUGGGCAAGAACAGUUUGCAUUAGGUCUGCCAUGGAUAUUAUCUGGAUCACACAUAACUGGGACCAGCCAGCUGCGAUGCGAAGACAAUGGGCAUUAUCUUUGCAUAUAUUUGUCGCCGCUAUCUUCCUGCUGAGAGAAUCUCGCAGGGCUUCCCCCGAUCUCGAGGUCGACUUCAGUGAUGAAGUACAACUAGCUAUCCGAUACCUCGAUGAGGUCAAGUCCCGCAAUGCAAUUGCAGAUCGCGCAUCGGACAUCUUGCGCGACUCUAUCAAGCAUAUGGAUGACCCAAUGCUUUGA